AUGUUAACACAAUUGCAAAUUAAAAUUAAUGAAUUAUUAAUUCUUUAUUCUAGAAUUAUAUUUAAAGACAAUAAAGAGUCACUAGUUGAUGAAUUGAAUAAACAAAGAGAUGAUAUUAUGGCUUGUAUAGAUAAAACCAAUCAAAUAGAAGAAUUUAAUAUAGAAGAGAUUUUAAUAAAAGCUAAAGAAAAAAUCAAAUCUAAUAAAGAAUUUAUAAAUAAGAUGUAA